AUUUGAAAAGCGAACAGCUUCUAGCGUAUAACUUAAAUUUUAAUAUCACAAGUAACCAAAAAUUAGUGGAAUAUGUCAAAGUUAAUUGAAAUAAAAAUUAUUCAAACAAAGACAAAAAGAGGAAAUCAAUUUGAACAUGAACUACUUAUACCACAAUAAUGGAUGAUUCUGUCUUAAUUGAGACAAAUAUCUUGGUCAUCAAAUAAAUUAUGGGAUUACUCAUUGGAACAGUUGGAGGAGAAAAUGUUGUUACGACGACAUCUGCUUAUAAUUGUAGUCAACUUUUUGGGUAGAUCCUGUACAAAAGGAUAUCUAUGGCGAUAUAAAAAAUACCUUAAAGGAAAUCGAGAAUUUGCACUUAGAUGUCAGCAUAAACGAUUAUGUAUUGGUCGUCGAAAAUGAUGAGGAAAAAAUGGCAAACAACUUCAAUAAAUUUUGUGAAAUACUUUCUACAGAAGGAGUUUCAGUUGUUCUUGAUUUUACCUAUCAUAUUUGGCAAGAGGGUCUUGAGUUGUUAGCCAAACAAAAUGUGCCAUAUUUGCGAGUGGAUCGUCUAUUGUCACCAUUUUUACAAUUAUUUGCAGAGUUUUUGCAUCAAAAAGGCGGCAAUGAUGUUGUUUUAAUUUUUCAAAAUGAGCAGGAUAAAUAUGAGGCACUGCUUCAUAUAGUCGAUGGCUACCGUUUUCGUACACUUCUAUUAAAUGCUGGCGAUGAUAAUGAAUUUGUACAACGCAUAGAGAGACUACGUCCUAGUCCAUCAUAUUAUGCUAUCUUUGCACGUGGUACUAAUAUGAAUAACAUAUUUGAAAAGAUAAACAAAGGGAACAUAUUUCUACGUCCCACAGAAUGGCAUUUCGUUUUUCUGGACCCGCGUGAUCGUGGUUUUAAAUACAAAAAACAAGUAGAGUUUGCCAACAAAUUUACUAUGAAUGCGAAGAGUUUGUGUAGAUCGAUGCGAAUGAAGGACACUUACUGUCUAAGUGGAUUUACAAUACAACGUGGCCUUUUGUUGGAGAUAUUUCGAAGCCUGACCUAUUUAAAGCAGUAUAAUAUGGAUUGGUUAAACCCUUUGUAUAUUGAUUGUAACGAAACGGAAGUUAUUAAUCCCUACAAAUUGGAUUUGCUUACACAUUUGGAUUUACAAUAUUUCUUAACGUUUUCUACAGUUCCUGUCGUUGACAACGAGAUUCUAGAAGAAUUUAUACCUCCCAUGUUGACAUAUAAUGUUAAUGUCUCCAUUAACUUUUAUUCAAGUGAACAUGAGGCUGUAACAGACCUAGCACUUUGGCAAAAUGGCGAACUACGUAAGAUCAAUGAGACUAUAUCACCUGCAAAACGAUUUUUUCGAAUCGGAAUGACAGAAGCAAUACCAUGGAAUUAUUAUCGUCGUGAUCCGCGUACUGGUAAAGUAAUACUUGAUCGUAACGGAAAACCAAUUUGGGAAGGCUACUGUAUUGAUUUUGUGAACACUCUGGCACUCAAGUUAAAUUUUGUCUACGAAAUUGUUGAACCUACUAAAGGAAAAUUUGGGAAACGUAAUCCUAAAACUGGCGAGUGGGAUGGUAUUGUUGGUGACCUUGUAACGGGAGAAACAGAUUUUGCUGUCACUGCACUUAAGAUGUAUUCCGAACGUGAAGAAGUUAUUGACUAUAUUGCUCCUUAUUUUGAACAGACUGGCAUAUCGAUAGUAAUGCGUAAACCAGUACGUCAGACAUCGCUCUUUAAGUUUAUGACUGUAUUGCGUUUGGAAGUCUGGCUUAGUAUUAUAGCCGCCUUGAAUGCAACAGCUGUUAUGAUUUGGCUAAUGGACAAAUACUCACCUUACAGUGCAAGGAAUAAUAAGGAAGCCUACCCAUAUCCAUGCAGAGAAUUUACUUUGAGAGAAAGUUUUUGGUUUGCAUUAACUUCGUUCACACCGCAGGGUGGUGGAGAGGCACCAAAGGCUGUUUCUGGACGUAUUCUAGUUGCUGCUUAUUGGUUAUUUGUGGUUUUAAUGUUAGCUACCUUUACUGCAAAUCUUGCUGCUUUUUUGACAGUGGAACGUAUGCAAACUCCAGUUCAAUCACUAGAGCAAUUAGCACGCCAGUCGCGCAUUAAUUAUACUGUAGUUUCUGAGUCCGACACUCAUCAGUAUUUUAUUAAUAUGAAAUUUGCAGAAGAUACUUUGUAUCGUAUGUGGAAGGAACUAUCGUUAAAUGCAUCAGAAGAUUAUCAUAAAUUUAGAAUUUGGGAUUAUCCAAUUAAAGAACAAUAUGGACAUAUUUUAUUGGCCAUCAAUGGUUCCAAUCCUGUGGUAAAUGCUAAUGAAGGUUUUCGCAAAGUGAAUGAACAUGAAAAUGCUGACUUCGCAUUUAUACACGACUCCUCUGAAAUUAAGUAUGAAAUAACGCACAACUGUAAUUUAACAGAAGUCGGUGAAGUCUUCGCCGAACAGCCGUAUGCAGUAGCAGUGCAACAAGGCAGUCAUCUAACUGAUGAAUUUAGCUUCACAAUUUUGGAAUUGCAAAAAGAUCGUUAUUUUGAGGAGCUCAAAGCAAAAUAUUGGAAUUAUUCUCUGCUUAGGGAAUGUGCAUUGGCUGAUGGUCAGGGCGGUAUUACGCUCGAAAGUUUGGGAGGUGUCUUUAUUGCUACACUGUUUGGUUUAGGUUUGGCUAUGGUUACGCUGGGUGUAGAAUUGUUUUACUACAAACGAAAGCAUAUUAAUUCUGCAACCAAGAGAGGCGUUAUUAAAGUUAAACCGGUAAAUGAAGAUAUUGUGUCUGAAGCCUGGAACGAAAAUAAAGACACUAAUAAAAUAACUCCUCCGCCAUUAUUUGAGCAACUCACAUUUCGUGGUAAGACUAUUCCUCCAAACAUAACUUUGGGUGAUUCGUUUAAGCCAAGGCAAAUUAGUAAGAAGAUACGUCAGAAACUUAGCGGAGAGGCGACUAAUGAAGACCCAAAGUUACCUCCUUACGUAGAGUAGAUUCAUUAUUGUAGUCAUGUUCUUGUAUUGCACUUUCUUCUAGUUUUGUUUAAUUUAAGCACUAAAAUGUUUUAAAACA